GCUGUGAGCUUCAGCGGAGGCUGCAUUCCUCGCUCUGUGAUUGGUCAACAGCCUUUCACUAACCCGCCGCUUCCUGUUAUGAGCGUUUGAAGAAAGAAACUCUGGUGUUUUAAACUCGUGCUAAGUUCAGUGUGAAAGUGGGAGUUUAUCACCACCAUGUCCCUCAGGAGCAGCUGUAGUCCGCUGCUGCUUGUCCUUUUCGCUCUGUUUCUAACGGCUCACUGUAAGUUUCCCACUCUGGACCACAUCAAACCCGGAGCCAGCGACAAGGCGCAGAGUCGAGCCGUGGCGGAGCUGCUGAAGCGGCUGCUCGGGAACAGGUCCGCGGAGUUCAUAGUGUCAGUGAACGGGAGCCUGUCCAACCACAGCCGGGACGUGUGUGAACUCCGAUACACGAAAAACAACAAAAUCCUCGCCACGGGCAGCACAGGAGUGGCAGUGGCCACUGGUAUUUACAACUACCUGAAGUAUUUCUGCAGCUGCCAUGUUUCCUGGUCUGGAGAUCAGCUGGAUUUGCCCAGUCCUCUGCCAAAGCUCACCGGCGUCCUGCGCAUCAACACUCCGCACAGAUUUCGGUAUUACCAGAACGUUUGCACGUUCAGUUAUUCCUCUGUGUGGUGGGACUGGCCACGAUGGGAAAGAGAGAUCGACUGGAUGGCGCUCAAUGGCAUCAAUCUGCCACUGGCUUUCACUGGCCAGGAAUCUGUGUGGCAAGAGGUUUACCGUACUCUUGGGUUAAACCAGUCAGAAAUUGAAGAGUUCUUCUCUGGCCCGGCGUUUCUUGCCUGGAACCGAAUGGGAAACAUGUUGAAGUUCGGCGGACCACUUCCACAGUCCUGGCACAUGAACCAGCUCUACCUCCAAUUUAAAAUCUUGGAGCGAAUGCGGUCAUUUGGUAUGAUUCCUGUGCUGCCAGCCUUCUCUGGAAACAUUCCCAAGGGAAUCCUCAGGUUGUUUCCAGAUGCAAAUGUAACCAGACUGGGUCCAUGGUCUCAUUUCAACUGCAGCUUCUCAUGCUCCUAUGUCUUAGACCCUCGGAACCCACUUUUCCUCCGCAUUGGUUCCCUGUAUCUGUCCCAGAUGGUGAAGCAAUUUGGGACCGAUCACAUUUAUAACACAGACACCUUUAACGAGAUGACCCCUCCCUCCUCUGACCCCGCCUACCUGUCCGCCAUCAGCCGCUCUGUCUUUGCCUCAAUGACUGCAGUUGAUCCUCAGGCCGUUUGGCUGAUGCAAGGCUGGCUGUUCUUCAGUGAUGCAGCGUUCUGGAAGCCAGCCCAGAUUCAGGCGCUACUGCACGGAGUGCCCCUCGGACGAAUGAUCGUGCUGGACCUGUUCGCCGAGACCGAACCAAUAUUCUCUUACACCGACUCCUUCUACGGACAGCCGUUUAUCUGGUGCAUGCUGCAAAACUUUGGCGGCAACAGUGGCUUCUUUGGCACAGUGGAGAGCAUCAACUCGGGACCUUUCAAAGCCUUACAGUUUCCUAACUCCACCCUAGUGGGCGUAGGAAUAGCUCCCGAGGGCAUCGAACAAAACCCUGUGAUUUAUGAGUUGAUGACCGAGCUGGCUUGGCGCAAACAGCCAGUCAACUUGUUGAAAUGGGUGUCGCUGUACGCAAUACGCCGUUACGGCAGCACGCAAGAGAACCUGCCCGCUGCAUGGAUGCUCCUGUUUUCUAGUGUCUACAACUGUACCACGCCGCAUUACAAAAACCACAACCACAGCCCGCUGGUGCGCAGGCCUUCCUUUCGCAUGAACUCUGACCUUUGGUACGAUCCAGCUGACUUGUACAAAGCCUGGAAGUUGAUCAUCGAGGCGGCUCCUCCGCUCAUGUCCAAGGAGACCUUCCGACAUGACCUUGUUGACGUGACGCGGCAGGUUCUGCAAGUCCUGACGACCUCUUUUUACCUGGAUAUCUUGGACGCCUACAAUAAACAAAAGCUGCCGGGCCUGAUGACGGCAGGUGGCGUGCUGGUCUACGACCUCCUGCCCGAGCUCAGUCACUUGCUCAACAGCAAUCGCAAUUUCCUGUUGGGUACGUGGCUCGAGCGCGCGCGGUCCAUGGCCCUGGACGAAAGAGAGGCCCAGAUUUAUGACAUGAAUGCCAGAAACCAGCUCACACUGUGGGGUCCCAGUGGCGAGAUCCUGGACUAUGCCAGUAAAGAGUGGGGAGGCCUCAUGGAGGACUACUACACCCAGCGCUGGGCACUGUUUGUCAACAUGCUGGUUGAGUGUCUGGACAGUGGACGGCCAUUCAAGCAGGACACCUUCAACCAGGCAGUUUUCCAGGUAGAAAAGGGAUUUGUUUACAACGGGCGGAGGUACCCGACCAAGCCUCAGGGAGACACGUACGAGAUUGCACGUAGGAUCUUCCUCAAGUACUACCCACAAGCCUUAGAGAGACUAUAGUGAGCAGAGAUGCACCGAGAGAGCCACAGCAAGAAGAAUGUCUCCCCCCCAACACCAUUCUCUCAUCGCUGUCCCAAAUUAUUUUGAUGUUGAAAAACCUAAUGCUGGACUUGCACAUACACAUGUGGUGAAGGCAUCAUCUAAAAGCCUCCUCAUUCACUUGCUUUGCUCACAAGCCGAGAAAUGUUCAACCUUUCAAGCAGCGGACCAUACGAACUACAUUAUGUAAAUACUUGCUAGCCAAUCACGGUUCACAAUCACGUUUGUGUGUUCAGCAUAUAAUCUAAUCAUGUCUAAUCAGUGUCAUGACAGACACUGCUCCACUAAUCUCCAGUGGCCACCUCUAGUAACAAGCAAUAGACCCAACCUCCCGUCAAGCGUUGCCGUGAUGAGAACAUGUGAAUCCAGCUAAAACAGCCCUAAAUUUACAGGAAAGAUGUAUUCUGGACAUGUUGUGAAGAAAAUGUUGUUUUACUAAUCCACUAAACCAGCCGUGCCUUAUGAAAGAGGCAGAAGGUUUAAAUAAGGAGCAGCACUUUUAAUAAGUGCUAGGAAGGGUACAAACAUUAAGAAACUAUGACUUAAUGAGGUAUUUGAGUUGUAUAAUUAGUCGUGAUGGUUCGAGUGAGUGUCCUUACUAACAUAGAUGUACAAGUGUAUUAGAGUAUUAGGAAAAGAAACUGAACUGAAAAGAAAAAAAACAUUUAAUAUUGCGAUAAUAAAGUUGUAAUAUUACAACCAGCGACAAGAUGAGAAACUCAAUUUUAAAAUUAAAUUAAAUAGUGAGACACAAUCUUGUAAUAUUAGGACUUUAUUCUCAAAAUGUUUGAUUUUUUUUUUUUUUUUCUUUGUUUGGCCCUAAUGCUCCGUUUUAGAUAUAGGUUAGGGAUUGAGUUAAUGAUGGUAGAGUUAAGGGCAGGGUUUCUCAGUCCUGGUCCUGGCUUUGUUAUAGUUAAUG